UCGAUGGUUGUUUAGCAAUGUGGCUCGUUGGCACGUUGGUACUGCAUUGCAACUUCGGCCACGCAGGUGAAGCAUGCCGGUGCCUAGCUAUGCUGGCAUGCUGAUCCCGUCUGUUGAUUGAAACCGUGAGGUCAACUUGGCGAAGAAUGUUUCUAGUUGAAUAUGUAAACUAGUGAAGAUUGUUUACAUUCGUUAGUUAGUGGUUGGGUAAUAUCAGGUAAAAGAUACUUUUGAGCUUCCUGUGGGAAUAUUGGUAACAAGUUUCAGAUUUUUCUAAAUCAGGAUAUGAAGGAUCUAUUUGCAGGGUUGCUCAGUGUUUUGAUUAAUGAUGUCUAGAAUAUAGAAGGUCAGAUGUGCCGCCCCCGGCAUGGGCCCGACUUAGAGAUGGCCCACUUAAGCUCGGCUCGGUGAGGUAAACGGGCAGUGUGCAGGCCGCACUGGCUGUCCGAGAAUGGCAGACAGGCCAUCGGACCGGCGCGAAGCACGACAAAAGCAUGAAAAGCCCACCAUGGGAAUUGAACCUAGGUCAUGAAGGUGAAAAGAAACUCCUUUAGCUGGAGAGAGUGUGCAAUUUCUGUUGCAUUGUCAGUUGGACUAAUCACUGGUGCACCAACGUUUGGACCACCGGCCUAUGCUUCUUCUCUUGAACCUGUUCUUCCAGAUGUGUCUGUUCUUAUCUCUGGACCUCCCAUUAAAGAUCCAGGUGCUUUAUUGAGAUAUGCUUUACCAAUAGAUAAUAAAGCUAUUCGUGAAGUUCAAAAGCCGCUGGAGGAUAUCACUGACAGCCUCAAGGUUGCUGGUGUUAGAGCCUUGGAUUCAGUUGAAAGAAAUGUCAGACAAGCAUCGAAAGCACUGAACAAUGGGAGAAGCUUAAUUCUUGCUGGCCUUGCUGAACCAAAAAGAGCAAAUGGAGAAGAGUUGUUGAAUAAGUUGGCUGUUGGAUUUGAGGAGCUUCAAAGAAUUGUGGAAGACAGAAAUAGGGAUGCAGUAGCUCCAAAGCAGAAAGAGCUUCUCCAGUAUGUUGGAACUGUAGAAGAAGACAUGGUCGAUGGCUUUCCCUUUGAAAUACCAGAAGAGUACAGCAACAUGCCUCUUCUCAAAGGAAGAGCUACUGUGGAUAUGAAGGUUAAGAUUAAGGACAAUCCCAACAUGGAAGACUGUGUAUUUAGGAUAGUUCUGGAUGGAUAUAAUGCUCCUGUGACUGCUGGGAACUUCGUAGAUCUUGUCAAACGGAAAUUCUAUGAUGGCAUGGAAAUCCAAAGAGCUGAUGGCUUUGUUGUUCAAACUGGAGAUCCAGAGGGGCCAGCUGAGGGCUUUAUCGAUCCCAGCACCGGCAAAAUCCGUACGGUACCUCUUGAAAUUAUGGUUGAUGGUGAUAAGGCGCCUGUAUAUGGUGAAACACUUGAAGAACUUGGUCGCUACAAGGCUCAAACAAAACUCCCUUUCAACGCUUUUGGAACAAUGGCUAUGGCAAGAGAAGAAUUUGAUGACAAUUCUGCUUCUAGCCAAGUAUUUUGGCUCUUGAAAGAGAGUGAGCUAACACCAAGCAAUGCCAAUAUAUUGGACGGGCGGUACGCAGUAUUUGGAUAUGUAACUGAGAAUGAGGACUACCUGGCUGACGUCAAAGUUGGAGAUGUCAUCGAAUCAAUCCAAGUCGUCUCAGGCUUGGACAACCUUGUCAACCCAAGCUACAAGAUUGUAGGAUAACGUGUUUUGUAUCAGAGUUUCUUGUCUGUGGGUCUCUGUCCUCAAGUCGAUGUAAAGUGCUAUAUAGUAUCUUACUCCCAUAUCCUUCUCGCUCGUUAACGAGGGUUUGUGUCACGCGGAAUUCGAUAGUAAUUGAAAGUACAGAGUCAUUGAUUGGUUGUCCCA